CCCGGCUCGCAGCGCGGGAGAGGAAAGCGGGGGACGGGAGGAGGCGCUGCCGCUGCCGGGCACAGGUGCUGCUGCUGCUCCAGCUCCAGCUCUCCGGGUCGUGGGGUGCGAAGUGCCCCUGGAGCAGCGCCGCCCGCAGGGGGAUGUACCGGCCGCUUGGUCUCCGCUCCCCGUGGGGAGCCGGCUCCUAGGUCGCGCCGGACUCAGCGGGGACCAGCAGGAGCUGGGCGCCCUGGCGCUGCGGGGGAGGAGGAGGUCGCUGGUCAGAGGCACCUGGGCAGCCAGAUCUCCCACCUAUAGAAGCCAGGUUUCAGAGGAGACAACUGCCUCUAGAAUCCUGAUGAUUUUGCCUUUUUUUGCUUCAUCCACCCUUUUCAAGAUUGUUGAGCUUCUUUUCCAACAUCUAAGUUUUGUUUUCUGCUGUUUAUUGGUAACUUUUGGCAGCUGCAAUGGCUUCUUCAGAAAAAGACGUGAGCUCCUCAACUCUUUUGUCUCUUCUCCAGUGAUUGAUUUUGGUGGUUAUGGCAAAUCUUACAGCAAUGAGUGGUAUAAUGAGCUGCAGGUUGGAUGAGUUACAGUCAUCUGCAACAUGACAUACCAUAUCAAACUUCUUCCUUGUCAUUGCCCAUGUGCUGACACAGGACUGGUUUUGUUUCCAAAAGAAGAGUUUGCAGAACUGCACAGUGCCUGAUCCAAACAAACACUUUGAUGUUCCUAGUUGGACUACGUAGACUAUGUCAGAGAGUCACAAUGAUCCUGCACAAUAACACUACAGUCUCCCCCUUGUUUUCAAAUGUGAGCUUCUUCUGGAAUAGAGAUUCCCAGGGAACAAGGCUUCUUGAGGAUGCAACGUCGGUCAUUGGCAGCUAUGGUUUCCCUCAGACAACUGAGAGUUUUCCCUUGACUACUGUGGAAACAGCCAAUAGGUCACUAGAUGGCAUGAGCAAAGAUCCUUUGGGUGGACACACACUCUGGCAAGUAGUUCUGAUUGCCUUCCUCACUGGCAUCCUCGCACUGAUGACCAUCAUAGGAAACAUCCUGGUGAUUGUGGCAUUUAAAGUUAACAAACAACUUAAAACAGUCAACAAUUACUUCCUGCUGAGUCUUGCGUGUGCAGAUUUGAUCAUUGGUGUUAUUUCAAUGAAUCUUUUCACCACAUAUAUCAUCAUGGACCGCUGGGCUUUGGGAAGUUUGGCCUGUGAUCUAUGGCUCUCCAUUGACUAUGUAGCCAGCAACGCCUCUGUCAUGAAUCUCCUUGUCAUAAGUUUUGACAGGUAUUUUUCCAUCACCAGGCCACUUACAUACAGAGCUAAACGAACAACCAAAAGGGCUGGAAUGAUGAUAGGCUUAGCUUGGGUCAUCUCGUUCAUUCUUUGGGCCCCUGCCAUCUUGUUUUGGCAGUAUUUUGUUGGGAAAAGGACUGUGCCUCCUGAUGAAUGUUAUAUCCAGUUUCUAAGCGAACCUGUCAUCACUUUUGGCACUGCCAUAGCUGCCUUUUAUUUGCCAGUCACCAUUAUGACUAUUUUAUACUGGAGGAUCUACAAGGAGACAGAGAAACGCACCAAAGAGUUAGCAGGGUUACAGGCCUCGGGCAGCAAAGCUGAGGCAGCACGCUUCAUUCGCCAGACUGGUAGCUCCAGAAGCUGCAGCAGCUAUGAGCUGCAGCAGCAGAGUAUGAAGCGCUCCACCAGAAGGAAAUAUGGCCGAUGCCACUUCUGGCUUACAACAAAGAGCUGGAAUCCCAGCCAGGAUCAGGGGGACCAGGAGCACAGCAGCAGCGAUAGCUGGAACAACAAUGACGCUGCUGCUUCUCUUGAAAACUCUGCCUCCUCUGAUGAAGAAGACAUUGCCACAGAAACGAGGGCCAUUUAUUCCAUUGUGCUGAAGCUUCCCGGUCACAGCACCAUCCUCAACUCGACUAAACUACCCUCAUCUGAAGACUUGAAUGGGUCAGGGGACGACUUGCAGAAGUCCAACAUGGGGUCAAAGGAGAGGAAACCUAAAAGGUUGCACUCUCAGAAGAGUGUGGAGGAUGGAGGAAACUUUCACAAGAACUUUUCUAAGCUUCCUGUUCAGCCAGGGUCAGCAGAAGAGGCAGCCAAGGUUUCCGACGGCAUUCCGUCAGCGGCUAAGACAUCAGCAGCCCUGCCUUUAUCCUUCAAGGAAGCAACCCUGGCCAAAAAGUUUGCCUUGAAGACCAGAAGUCAGAUCACCAAGCGAAAACGAAUGUCACUUAUCAAAGAAAAGAAAGCAGCACAGACGCUCAGUGCUAUUUUGUUUGCCUUCAUCAUCACCUGGACACCAUACAACAUCAUGGUUCUGGUGAACACCUUUUGUGAUAGCUGUAUCCCCAAAACAUUUUGGAACCUGGGGUACUGGCUUUGUUACAUCAAUAGCACAGUGAACCCUAUGUGCUACGCAUUGUGUAACAAAACAUUCAGAACCACUUUCAAGAUGUUACUGCUGUGCCAGUGUGACAAACGGAAACGACGCAAACAGCAGUAUCAGCAGAGGCAGUCAGUCAUUUUUCAUAAGCGGAUCCCCCAGGAGGCUUCAUAGAAUAGUAUUUUUAACAAACAAAAAACAAACUGUCAAAGGGCAUGUGGGAGGGGGAGUGGUUCCCGGGUGCUGAUACAAACGUUUCAUCAUCAAGACGUGAGAGCAGCUGCCAGGUUUAUGUAUCCUUUUAAUAAAUCCAGUUUAAUAUUAAAAUCAAAUCUGCAUUAAGCAAAAACAAA